AUGUUGAAAGCGUCGAUUUUCGUGAUAACUUUUCUUGUUCUUGUUCGAGCUCACGAUCAUUUAGCGGAUUAUCUCGAUAGGGUUCAAAACUGCACUCAUGAGAUUUCCCAAGAAAUCAUUCCGGCAACAACAGGCAAGCCAACAACAACAACGACAACGGAAGCCGCCGCAGUGACGACUGAACAACAAUCGACGACUGAUGCAGAUGGGGACCUAUGCACAACAAAUGAUGGAAUGUGGAGGUGCCAGACUUUCGAUUCUUGGGAAUCCUAUCAAUCCUGGCUUGACAUGGAAAACAGCAAAAACAGCUUGAACGACGGCUACGAUCUUUACGAGUACCGAGGACGACGAAAUGCUCCAAUGACAUCUCAUGGUAUUUGCGAAGAGGAAAAUAUUGCCAAAACAAAGCCUGAAAAGACAACGAAGAAGACAGAGACAAUUAAAAGUGAUGCAACAAAAUCAAUUUUCAGCACUACUGUUUUCAUGAUUAUCUUAGCACUUUUUAAGUAG